AUGGACACUUUUGCCCCUCAAUUCGCCAUUAUUGUGCCGCCACAAGAGCCACCAAGUGUGGAUAUUCUCAAUUGGAAUAUCGGACGUGAGACCUUGCGGCCCGCAGUCAAGACCGUCGGGCCGGCUGGACAACAUGUUUUGGCGCCGAGAACGGACGAAAUGGUCAAAAAAGACCGACUCGCCUAUCCUCCCUCGGUCCACAUGCAGCUGGAGUCACAACCGGCGCCCGCCCCCGGGCUUGCGAGCCCACACCCAAGUGGUCGUUAUCCCGCAAGUGGGUACCAUCCCCGAAGGUUCGUGGGGCGGGAAAUCGACUCAAGACCGUUCGCGAAUCCGGCCACACCUGCUUUGUCUCCGACAUGGACGCCGAGCCAGUGGGAUUCGCAAGCCAAAGCCAGGCCAGUGGAAAAGGCACAAGUCCAAGCUGUCCUCAUUCUGGGGAUAGCUUAA